CGUCGGCCCGUCUUCCAGCCCCCUCCCCCCCAACCCCCCAAAUGCCAAAGACUCAACCCACCUGCAACUUUCAACAUGUCUGAUUCCUCCAUUGCCCCAGCCAAGCGACAAAGGGCCUACACGAAGAGAUCGAAAUCAGGGUGCCGAACCUGCCGCCUCCGUCGCAUCAAAUGCGACGAAUUUCCAGGCGCAUGUAAAAGGUGCACCUCCACCGGAAGGCAAUGCGACGGAUACGAGCUGUGUAAGGCUUCACACAAGCCCCUUUACUCGACAGUGGCCAGCACUCCCCGGUUCUCGGCACCCGGCAUCCUAGCUGCGCUCACUCCUGAAGAACGACGUGGCUUCGGCUUCUUCCAGCAAUGCACGGUUCCUACGCUAGCCGGUUUCUAUGAUUCGAUUCUCUGGGAGCAACUGAGCUUACAGAUCGGCCAUGCGGAGCCGGCUGUCUGCCACGCCGCUAUUGCGCUCAGCGCCGUGCACUGCUGCGUGCACGCGCGCAGAAGAGAAAGCGUGAUUCCCAGGGCGAGAACCGAGAGUCGGCAGUGGCAGCAAUUUGCCUUUGAGCAGCUAGGACGCUCGUUUCAGCAACUGCAAAAGCGACACAAAUCUCAGGACCCACAGUUCACUGUCACCGUGCUUCUAUGCUGUCUGCUUUUUGUGGCUUCGGAAUUUACCCUGGGAAACUAUGCCAAUGCCUUCCGACACCUGCGAAGUGGCCUGAACAUCCUUCGAGACCAGCAAACUAGAGUAGUAAGUCGGUCUGACGUUCCCCUGGAGCCGUCUCUGGUCCAGACCUUCAUGCAUCUGGACGCCCAGGCUGCCUGUUUUGGCUUUGACGGGCCAAUCCUUGCCCAAGAUGAUGCAACCCUCGACGACCCUGGAUUUUCCCUAGAGCAACGGAACAGUAUCUAUUGGACCGUUGCAGCACUCCGUCAGAAUCUCGAGACGAUAGCUGGUGCGGUGGUCCGAUUCUGCCGAUGGCAGACCACUAGGCCUUAUGAUGAUACUGCCGCCAAGCGAAUGAAUCGCCUCCUCUGUUGUCUCACCCGAUUCCUGCAGGUCAUAACCAAUAUCGGCCACCGACCAGGCCGCGUACUCACCCAAAAAGAGCAUCGAGGCCUGAAGCUCCUCACAUUGGAGGCACACGCGCUCAGAAACGCGCUCCUAGCCAUCCCGUUAAGCGCCGGACGCCUACAAUUCCACGAAUUCACCGAUGAUUUCGAGGUCAUGCUGUCUCUCGUCACGGAAAUUCAGCAGGGCGAGGAGAGCUCGCCAGAACAUCUUCCCCAAAUCAGUCUGGACAUUGGUGUAAUUCCACCUCUGUACAGCAUCGCGCGACGUGCGGGGGAUUCUGGGCAGCGUUGGCGGGCGAUUCGGUUGCUACAGUCUUACCCGCAUCAAGAAGGCCCAUGGAAUGCGAAUGCGCUAGCCCAAUUUUCCAUUGAGUCAAUGCCGACUGAGGAAUGGUCUGUUGCGGAGGGUGUGGAAAAUGCAUUGGGGCACGUUGUAGCUGCUGCGGUUCAGAGACACAGCAGCAUAGGCUCAACUUCAUAUGAGAGCUGUGUGACUAAUACGCUUGAUCAAUGCUGUAUACCUAGGCCGUUCGGUUCAAGGGAGUGCAGAAGCAAUGAUCAAUUAAUGUAGACGAUGCGAGAGGGACUACAUAAUAAGGUGCAUCGGUAGAACCUCGGGUGAACCCUGCAGCUCAGGUGCUGGCAGUCAUACCGAAAGCGGCAAUGGAAGCAGCUUUCAACCGAGUUGCGGGUGAUGGAUCUGCAACCCGUCGACUGAACUAUGAUCUUGCUUUCUGAGACGCUUUGUUCAGGUCGACAAGUAUAAUCUUCCCUCUAUCAAUGCAGCCGAUCCCGCUCCAAGACCUGUCUUGAUCUCUCUGGCACUGCCAGUCAGAGUCCUGCAAUGAAGCCAAUUUCUGCAAACAGUUGGGCUGGACAGCCGAUUCAACGUUAUGGUACUCGAAAUGUUCGCAUGGUGGAUUCUUUUACUUUGCCUGUCCAGC